AUGGUUGUUGACGGAUCCUCCUACUGGCAUUUCUUCAACUCCUGGUGGGAAGUUUUCAGAACAAAAGCAUAUAAAAAUGGUGAUUUAAUUCCCAUUUCACGUCCUCCUGUUAUCCAAAGAUGGAUCCCGGAAGGAUCCGAUCCGAUCCUCACACUACCAUUUACCCGUGAAGACGAAUUCAUCGAUAGACCCUAUGCUCCAUUGUUAAGAGAGAGAAUCUUUCAUUUUUCGUCGGCUUCUCUCUCUAAGCUAAAAGCGAAAGUGAAUUCAGAGUGCAAUACAACCAAAAUUUCAUCGUUGAAGGCGCUCUCAGCCGUUGUCUGGAGGUGCGUGACGCGUGCACGGCGGUUACCGGCAGACCAGGAAACCGGUUGCAGAUUGGCCUUCAACAACAGACACAGGCUAUCUCCGCCUUUACCUGAAACUUACUUGGGUAACUCGAUUGCUGCAGUUAGAGGAACAGCGACGGCGGGGGAGUUGCUGGAUCACGGUGUUGGGUGGGCGGCAUGGCGGUUGCACCAAGCGGUGGUUAAUCAUGACGAUAAAGUGAUAAGGGAAUUUGUGGAUUCGUGGGUAAAGAAUCCGUUUGUGUAUAAAAUGAGUCGGCUUUUUGAUGCGAAUAGCAUACAGAUGGGAAGCUCGCCGAGAUUUGACAUGUACGGAAAUGAAUUCGGGUUAGGGAAAGGAGUGGCGGUUCUGAGCGGGUAUGCUAAUAAAUUCGACGGGAAAGUGACAUUGUAUGAAGGACGGGAGGGCGGAGGAAGCAUGGAUCUAGAAGUCUGCUUGUUGCCGGAAAACAUGGCGGCUUUUGAAUGUGACGAAGAAUUCAUGAAUGUUGUUAAUGGCCUUUUAUAA